AUGGUGGCAGAGCAUCCUUCGAAAAAUGUAAAUGUAAAAAAAAAUCAAAAUAGUGAUAUUGUUCCUAAUAUGAUGGAACAAACAGAAUUUUUAAACAUUUUCGAUAUUGUACGAAACGGUAAAGUUUCCGCAAUAGAGUCUUUCAUUGAACAACACGGGUCUGAAUGCUUAAAAUCUCGAGAUGAAUGGGGAUACACACCAGCUCAUUGGGCUGCUCUUGAUGGAAAUAUUGAAAUCAUGAGAUAUUUGGUUGAAUGUAAUGCACCAGUAGAUUUAUCAUGUUUGGGUACACAAGGCCCAAGACCAAUACAUUGGGCUUGUAGAAAAGGCCACACUGCUAUUGUUCAAUUGUUAAUCACUGCUGGUGUCGCGGUAAAUGCAACUGAUUUUAAAGGUUUGACACCAUUAAUGACGGCCAGCAUGUUCGGAAGAGGUACAACAGCUGCAUUUUUAUUAGGCAUGGGAGCUUUCAAUCAUUUAACGGAUGUUAACGGAGAUACGGCAUUACAUUGGGCAGCCUACAAAGGACAUCCGGAUUUAGUUCGACUUUUAAUGUAUUCCGGUAUAGAUUUACAAAAACCGGAUAAUUUCGGUUCGACUCCUCUUCAUUUAGCGUGUUUAUCGGGAAAUUCUUUGUGCGUAAAAAUUUUAAGUGAAAAAAGUAAAAUAGAACUCGAACCAAAGGAUAAAAAUGGUAAAACUCCUUUAGGCCUAGCCAAAAGUCACAGACACAGCGACAUUGUACAAAUUUUAACAACUGAAAUUAAGAGAAGAGAAAAUUGGGUUCCUCCUCUUUCAGAAAUUUGGAAUUUACUCUUUGGAGGAGCCGGAGAAUCUAAGGGGCCUUUAUUAUUGUUUGUAGGAUCCAUUUUGCUGUGGGAAUAUCCGAUGUAUCUCUUAAGAUGUGUGCCGAUAAGUUGGAAUCAAGCACGGGGAUCUCAUUAUUGUUUCAUUUACUGGAACAUAAUUAUGUGGAUAACAUGGAUAAUAGCAAAUAGAAGAGAUCCCGGGUACAUACCAUUGAACAUGGAAAGUUACUUUACAACAAUAAAACAAAUACCUUAUUUUGAUAAAUGGAAAGCGAGGGAAAAUAUGUUAUCCAGGCUUUGUCACACUUGUAAAUGCCUUCGACCGUUGAGAGCAAAACAUUGUAGAAUUUGCAAUAGAUGCGUUCGUUAUUUUGACCAUCAUUGUCCGUUCAUUUACAAUUGCAUCGGAGUUAAAAACAGAAUGUGGUUUCUUUUGUUUGUGACAAGUGUGGCUUUAAAUUGUACCUUCACUAUUUAUUUCGCGUGUUAUUGCAUAGCCGUUGAUGGUUUUGAUAUGCUUUACGUUUUGGGACUCCUAGAAUCUUUGGUAUUUUGUACUUUUGGAUGGAUCCUCACUUGUACUUCGUUAUUACACGCUUGUAUGAACCUUACGACAAACGAAAUGUUCAAUUACAAAAGAUAUUCUUAUUUAAAAGAUAAAAAAGGAAAAUAUUUUAAUCCUUUUUCUCGAGGGCCAUUUGUCAAUUUAUUUGAAUUUUUUUUUUGUGCACCGGAUCCGGGUUACAGCGCAUUUGAAGAAGAUGCUUCUAUUUAA